GACCUAAAAAAGCGACAAUGUUAGUUCAUGUGACAGAAGAGAGAAGAGAGUGAAUGCGUCUGUUCUCCACAAUUCUUAUCGCAGAUUCACCUUAUUUUUGGAUUUUCCAUCGAUGUCCCUCCUCUAAUUAAGCCAAAGCAAAACCAAGCUGUGUCACGUUGUUGAUGUUGUUGUUGUUGUUGCUGUGAAUCUGUCACACAAUACAUAGAUAGAGAGAUACAUGCAUAUGCGUAUGUAUGCGUAGAUCUGGAUGAGAGUGCAACAACAACACACCAUCCACGCCAUGUCGCCAUUCGGAGACGCUCUCUGUUUUUCGCGUCUCCUUCUCGCUGUAAUUCUCGCUCUCGCUCUUCUUCACGCUCUUCUCGCUUUCCUUGCCUCCUUUCAGUUGCUAAGGAUUCACAUGAGGAAUUUGCAGCGUGGUUGGAGUCGGCAAAAAGUGUUUCAUGUAUUGAUUGGCUCUUCUAAUUUCGGUUACUUCAUUUAUUUGGUAUUGACACUUGUUGCUGCAUGCAAGGGAUGGACCUGUUGGUCACACUCUUGUGGUUUUGUAUUUAUGGCUUUCCCCAAAGUACUUCUUUUUGCAGCAUUUCUUCUUCUUUUAUCCUUCUGGGUUGACCUUUGCCAUCAGCCAGAUGAUGAUGAUGACUAUGAAGGAAGCUUUUCUGAGGAACCUUUCCUCGAAAAGACUUCAAAUGAAUCAAAUUUAGCAAGCAUAGAUAGCCAUAGAAAGUGCUUUCCUGUUCGGUUGUCUCGUGUUGGAAAUCGGCAAAAGAUUGUGUUUUUGGUUACAUCACUAGUUUUCAUCAUGAUGACGGCAUUUGCUAUAAUAAUCUGGAUUGGGCUAGGAAAGAAUCCCAUUGAUUCUGAAGUGGCUGCUCGGGUAUAUUUAGAUCUUUCUGCCAUUGGAAUGCUUUUGUUGGGAGGAGCAUUAGCUUGCUAUGGAAUCCUAUUAUGCUUGAAAAUGAGCAAAGUGAGAGCUGAGAAACCUUCAUCUGAAAUGUGGAAGGUUGCAGGUUUAACUAUUGUCUCCGUACUAUGCUUCACAUCAAGUUCCUGUGUAGAACUUUUAACCGAUAUUCCUAUGCUGUAUCGCUGGCAUCAGUGGCAUCUUAAUGAUGUUUACACCGCUCUUUUAUUCAUUUUGUAUUAUUUUGUGGGUUCAUCAAUUCCUUCAGCAGUGGUACUGUGGGUAAUGAGAGAACUACCACCUGCAGAAGCUACUGGCAUACAAGAAGAAUCAAGUACAUUAGCGUUUGUUGCCGAUAGUUCAAUUGCAAUUCAUCAGCCUCAGCGCUGGACUACAGCAACAAGCAUGCAGAAUCAGACAUCAAGAGCGAGUCCCAUAUAGUCAUGCAUUAACCUUUGCAAAUAUAUCUUCCUAUUCUGCUGGAGUUUGGUCAGCUUAUUGGAAUUUCCUCGGAAUAUGUUUUACCCUUGAGUGCAGAUGAGAGAGGAUGAUGAUGAGUGGGUGCUCAGGGCCUUGAGGUUUCCAUUCCCACUGUAUUUACAUUCUAAAUCUAAAUGUAUAUAGCAGCAAUUUGAUAUAUGAAAAAUUAUCUUCCUUCUAUACAAAUUUUGGGACCCUACUGUUUCAAUGACGGUUGGGUAUUUUUCAGAAAUUUGAAUAACUUUUGGCUGAUGAAUAUGACUCGCGAAGUGAGCAUGUUCUCCUAGCUUGUUUGCAAGCUGAAUUAAUCAGUCUCGAGAGGUAUUUUUCUAGGCAUAGUUAUCAAUAACACGGCCAUGGGUGUGGCAGUGCGGAGUGGCCAUGGGUAGCAACAAAGUUUUGAACCGCGGCUACAGUUGCAACCAAAAUAGUGAUCAUAGAGGCACUAGAGUGAGGCUUUUUUGAAAACCUAUUUUUGUCCUCAAAAUAGUAUCGUUUUGGGGGUUUUCUAGGGGCAAAGUUAAGAUUCAGUCCCCUUUUUUAGAAUUUAAAAAAAAUCCUUAAUUGAAUAUAGUUUCCCAUGCUUUUAUCUAUCAUGCGGGCCUACGUUGUUCCACUAACACCCACACAUCUUGAGCUUGCCUUUCAUUCUUUUCUCUACUCUGAACUCUCACCUCCCUUUUGAGCUUUGAACCAUCAACCUCCUCUGUUCUUUUCACUCUGCAACACUCACCCUCACUUUUUAUUGAAUGUUUAAGAUGUCUUGUAUUUGAAAUUUGUAAUAUAAAUAUGCCUUUGAAUUUUGUUUGUUUCUCGACUUUUAUUUAUAUUUACUUGGUACAUUUUG